CAUUCUGCAGCACAGCCAGCACCACACAGCACAUCCGCUUUAUAUAAUCGUUGUUUUGAACAUUGCGGAACGAUGUCCGUAGUUACUUUAUUUGCUAGAUUUGCCACAUCCGGCCAUAAUUUAGCCGGUUUUGGGUUUCAACAAGUACGCAACAAAUGGACCGAUUGGCGAAUGAUCAAGGAUGCCAAACGCCGCAAGUGUGUGGUUGAGCACGCCAAGGACCGUCUACGUGUUAAUUCGCUGCGAAAGAAUACGAUCCUUCCGGUUGAGUUGCGUGAAGUGGCCAGUGCUGAGAUCCAUGCCUUUCCUCGGGACACAUCGCUGGUUCGAGUUAGGGAACGGUGUGCAGUCACGUCGAGAUCCCGAGGCAUCGUGCAUCGCUGGCGAGUGAGUCGAAUUGUUUGGAGGCAUCUGGCAGACUACAAUAAACUAUCCGGUGUUCAGAGAGCUAUGUGGUAAUAGAAUGGAAUCAUGAUGUGAAACAUU